AUGAGAAAAUGCAACGGCAUAAUCCGCAAGAAUGUCCGACAGCUCGAUCGUGACAUCAAUCAACUUAAAGUCCUCGACCAAAAGACGAGACAGUAUAUUCUACAGGCUUCAAAGAGAGGGCAAAAGAACCCGUCCCAUGCCCAACAGGCCGCUAAGGAAGCGAGGACUUUUGCUAGAGAACUGAUCAGGGUACGCAAGCAGAGCGCAAGGCUACAUACAAGCAAAGCACAACUACAAAGUGUCCAGAUGCAAGUGACCGAAGCAUUCUCAGUAAGGAAGAUCGAAGGGAGCUUGAAGGCCAGUACCGGCAUCAUGAGGGAUGUCAAUACGUUGGUUAGACUACCCGAACUUACGGGAACCAUGAGGGAGCUCAGCCAGGAACUCAUGAAGGCCGGCAUCAUUGAAGAAAUGGUCGGAGAUACAUUACCAGACAACGAACUCCUAGAAGGAGAGGACGAAGAAGCUGAAGCUGAAGUGGAACAAGUGCUAGGAGAGGUCCUACAUGGCAAGCUUGGAAAGGUUGGAGCCGCGGAUGAGCAGCUACCGCAACAGCCUGUGGAAGAGGAAGAGAGCUUCGAGGAACAAGAAGUCACUCUCGAGCAGAUGAGAGGCAGGCUAGAAGCUUUACGGAGCUGA